CACACAAAUGCCUUUUCUUUUCUUUUCUUUUCUUUUCUUUUCUUUUCUUUUCUUUUCUUUUCUUUUCCUUUUUUUUUUUUUUUACAGAUCUUGUACCGACCAGGUAUAGAACAGAGGUCCGAUUGGUCAAUGGAAGGGAUUACUGUCAAGGCCGUGUUGAAGUUCGGCGUGAUUAUGGACAGUGGGGAACAGUUUGUGAUGACUCGUGGGAUCAGAUGGAUGCAAAUGUAGUGUGCAGAGAGCUCGGAUGCGGAAUUGCUACUGGAGCUGUAUCUGGAGCAUAUUUUGGCGCAGGAUAUGGUCCUAUUUACCUGGAUGAAGUUCAGUGCAAUGGGAAUGAAUACUAUUUUGGGGACUGCGCAAAUGCAGGCUGGGGAAAUCAUAAUUGCAACCACGGAGAGGAUGCUGGUGUUAUUUGUUCAGCGAGCGUUUCUACCACAACAGUUCCUUACUGGCCAACAACAUCAACAACGCUACGUAAGAAAGUUUUGGAGAUUUGUUUCACCUGUUAAAUCUAAGCCGUUUGGGGUAUAAAACAGCCUUUUCCUGGAUACUGCUUUUUAUGUUUGUGAUCCCGUACUAGAGAAUGCAGUCUUAUUAUCAAAUAGCAUUGAAUCCUAGAGUUCUCAGAAACCUUUAAAGGAUGUACAGUUGCUCGGUUUCAAGAUGCACAGCUAACCUGAGAUUCUUUUUGUUCUGUUCUGUCUUUUUGUUCUGUGAGAAAGAAACAGACUUAACCCAGAGCUUUACAAGUUUGCUGUUCAUUUGUUCAGUCACUUUUGACUCCACGUGACCCAAGGGACAUCAUUUCACUAGGACUAUUUGUCAAUAAUUGCUUCUUUGAAUCCUUGUACCUCAAGGUUUUGUUAUCAGUGAGGGAAUCUAGGGACCUUGCCUUCUUUUAGCCUCUAUUUUUUAAUAGGUUUUUUUCCUGCAACAUCUGGGUCUUCUCCCAGAUGUGACUCUUGUCUGUGAAAUAAAUUAGGUUCUGGCUAUCUACCUUUUAGCUUCAUUAUUAGUACUUCCAGUAAACGGUCUGGUUUUACUUCAUUUAAUAUUGGAUGGCUUGUUCUUGUUGCCCAAGCUUUCUCAACCUAUUGUCCAGCACCAGAAUUCAAAGGAGUGAUUUUAAUAGAAAGGCAGCUACUACAACAGGCAAUCAAAAAUGCAACUAAGCCUUAUCCUAAGUCAAGUCUCAGCCUCAAUGGAAAAUAAGAACAUGCUAGAGAGUUGAUGCUGGCCCCCAAAGAAUAAAGGCUGGCAAAUUUUUAUAGCCAUGGUCCACACCUAUUUUGAAUUUCUUAAAAUAGUGUCAGCAUAGAAUGCAAUUUGCAAUUAUUUUUGCCAAAAGAUCAGUACAUCUCCAUUCAGCUGAGAAUGUUUACUUACAGCAUUUACAUUUAUUUCAAAUAUUUGAGACAGGUCUUGUGAUAUAACAACAGGUUUCCUCUGUCAAGCCUUUUGUCUGCUUGUCCAUGAAGGACCUCAGACAAAAACAUUUCAGUAAGGGGAUGAGGGACAGCACAGUACAUAUUAUAAACUGGUAUUCCAGUUGUUUGGAGGAUGUUUAUGGCUGCAUAUUUGAGUAGUUUCUAUACAGUGGAAUGUCCUGUGUUCCAUUCUUUCUCAUCAUGGUCCUCUUACUCACCCCCCACCCC